AAAGAAAGGGGACGGGGGGAGUGGGGCAAAGCCACCCGAAGCUCUCUCGCACACGACCGUGCUGCUGGCAAAGGCGCCCAAGUGGGGUGGCGGACGGACGGACGGGUGGGCGAGGGGGCGAGCGAGACUAGCCGAGCGCUCUGCCGGUCCAGGGGCUUUCUCUGUCACAGGAAGGCGGCGGGCUGAGGGAAACCUCCGUUUGCUCUAGGAUUUCUCCUCCUCCUCCCUCCACGUCUUCCUCCUCUGACUCUCUGCCCAGUGGAAUGAUAUCCAUACUCGAUUUGUUCGUGGUGUUGUUGUCGUCGUCGUCGUCGAGGCAGGAAGUGAGGAAUGUUUGCGCUCUGAGCGACUGAGAAGGAGAGCUGAAGGCGGCUUUUUUCGACAGGAAAAAGGGACCCCAGAAGCCUUCUGCGCCCGCCCGCGCGCCGCCCGCCAGCCGCCCUCGCAAGAAAUACCCAUGAAAUGGUUUUAUCUCAAAUGCUCUCAACGCUGCGCCGGGAUUCUUGCAGCUAAAGGAGACGCUCCUUCCUUGGAAUACAGCAACAGAACCUUUGUGGAUGCUUCCUUCGCCCAGAACCUGGAGGAAAACCUGCUACAUGUUAAUGGCUGCUGCUGCCGCCGCUGGUUGAUCAUUGGGGGAUUUUGCUGUUCCUGACUGUUCACGGGAGGCGAGACAUUCCUGGAUGGUUUUCUGUAACUUCUUGUGAAUGUGUUAGGGAAGAAAAUGCCUCUGCCUUUUGGGCUGAAGCUGAAACGAACUCGACGCUACACAGUGUCUAGUAAGAGCUGCUUGGUGGCCCGUAUCCAGCUGCUUAACAAUGAGUUUGUGGAAUUCACACUGUCCGUGGAGAGCACUGGACAGGAAAGCCUGGAGGCUGUGGCACAAAGACUUGAACUUCGAGAGAUCACCUAUUUUAGCCUUUGGUAUUUCAACAAGCAAAACCAGCGCAGGUGGAUAGACUUGGACAAGCCUCUGAAAAAACAACUGGAUAAAUAUGCAUUGGAGCCAACUGUCUUCUUCGGUGUGGUGUUUUAUGUGCCUUCUGUCUCUCAGCUUCAGCAGGAGAUUACCAGAUACCAGUAUUAUCUACAAUUGAAGAAAGACAUCUUAGAAGGAAACAUUCCUUGCACAUUUGAGCAAGCAAUUCAUCUAGCUGGCUUAGCUGUUCAAGCUGAUUUUGGAGAUUAUGACCAGUAUGAAUCACAGGAGUUUCUACAGAGAUUUGCCUUGUUUCCUGUGGGCUGGUUGCAAGAUGAGAAGAUCCUGGAAGAAGCAACUCAAAAAGUUGCCUUACUCCACCAGAAGUACAGGGGCCUCACACCACCUGAUGCAGAGAUGUUAUAUAUGCAAGAAGUUGAGAGAAUGGAAGGUUAUGGUGAAGAGAGCUAUCCUGCAAAGGACAGCCAAGGAAGUGACAUAUUCAUUGGAGCUUGUCUCGAUGGAAUCUUUGUGAAGCACAAAAAUGGGCGGCCUCCUGUCAUCUUUAGGUGGCAUGACAUUGCUAACAUGUCCCACAACAAAUCCUUUUUUGCAUUAGAGCUGGCAAGUAAGGAAGAGACCAUCCAGUUCCAAACUGAAGAUAUGGAGACAGCAAAAUAUGUGUGGAGGAUGUGUGUUGCCAGACACAAAUUUUAUAGACUAAAUAAAUGUAGCCUAGACUCCCCAGACUCACCGCCUGAGGAAGGCUCUCAGAAAUCUUUCCUCAUUCUUUCCUUUCCACGCUUUCCAAUCCUUUCUCGUCCUUCUCUGCCCAAAGGGCAAGCUCAGACGGUGACAGUGAAUCCAGUUAGGAGGCGUUCAUCCUCCAGGAUGUCUCUGCAACCCAAACCACAGCCUUAUAUGAUGCCACCGCCACCACCUCAGUUACACUAUAAUGGACACUAUGCAGAACCAUAUACAUCCUCACAAGAUAAUCUUUAUGGGAAUAAUCAGAAUGGCUAUUACUGCCACUCUCAGACCAGCUUGGAUAGAGCCCCACAUGACUAUAAUGGUCGAAUCCGCAAUGGGAGUGUCUACAGCGCUCACAGCACUAACUCCUUGAACAACCCACAGCACUACAUGCAGCCGUCGCCAAUGUCCUCCAACCCGAGCAUCACUGGCAGCGACAUCCUCCGGUCUGAUUACGUCCCAUCUCACCGGCACAGUGCCCUUAUACCACCUUCUUAUCGGCCUACCCCAGAUUAUGAAACAGUGAUGAAGCAGCUUAACCGGGGAAUGAUUCAGUCAGACAAGCAGAGUCAUUCCAUGAGGAAUCUCAACAUUGGCAACUCCUAUGCCUACAGUAGGCCUGAUGCCAUGGUGUACAGCCAGCCGGAAAUCCGAGAACACGCUAAUUUCACUUCCCCUCACUCUGGCCACUAUCCCUUUAACAUGAAUUACAGUUUCCACAGCCAUUCCCCUUACCCCUAUCCUGCUGAACGGCGCCUGGUGGUUGGAGCAGUGAGUGUGCCUGAACUAACCAAUGUUCAGUUGCAGGCCCAAGAUUAUCCUGCACCAAACAUCAUGAAGACUCAAGUCUAUCGGCCACCUCCUCCUUAUCCUUAUCCAAGACCAGCUAACAGCACCCCAGACCUCUCCCGGCACCUGUACAUCAGCAACAGCAAUCCAGAUCUCAUCACUCGGCGGGUCCAUCACUCUGUCCAGACAUUUCAGGAGGACAGUCUGCCUGUCGCACAUUCUCUCCAGGAAGUGAGUGAGCCCUUAACAUCUGCUCGCCAUGCUCAAUUGCAGAAGAGAAACAGUAUUGAAAUAGCUGGUCUGGCCCACAGCUUUGAGGCCAUGAGGAUUAAAGAGAGGACCAUGUCGGCAUCUGCUGCAGAUGUGGCCCCUACAAAGGUCACAGCCCCUCCUGGAGGGUCACAGCCCACUGUUUUUCUGGAGAGGACAAAACAAGAGGAGAAUGAGGAGCAAGAUGAAAAUGUGAACUAUGGGCAUAAGAAGUCUCUUUCAGAUGCCACAAUGCUGAUACAUAGCAGUGAGGAAGAAGAGGAAUUUGAAGAAGAAAACAAGGCAGAUCCAACCCUCUCUUCAUUCAUCAAUGGAAAACACCAGCUCCCUUCCAUCAUGGGGUGUUACACUCCAGAGUCCUACCUGAACUAUCCAUACAGUUCUGUCACUUCAUCUCCUGGACCUUUACAUAUACAUGAACCCAAGUUGCAUAUCACGGAGACUGAGAAGAGAGUAAAGGAUGUGAGCCCUACCCAUAUCAUGGUUGAUACUCAAGUGCAGAGGAGAGGUGAUGGCUUGUUGACUCCGUCUGUUUCUGAAUCUGACUUAACUCUGUCUGCGAGGUACAGAGUGCGGAAGGAUUCUGUAAAGAAAAGGCCUGUGUCUGAAUUGCUUUCAGGGAAGAAGAAUAUAGUAGAAGGGCUACCUCCUUUAGGGGUCAUGAAAAAGAACAGAGCUGAAGCCAAAAAGAUAGGACCUUUGAAGUUAGCUGCUCUAAAUGGACUGACGUUAUCUCGGCUGCCACUGCCGGAUGAAGGAAAGGAGGAACCUGCCAGAGCAACAAAUGAUGAACGGUGUAAAAGUUUGGAACAACGGUUGGAACAAGGAAUGGUAUUUACGGAAUACGAGCGGAUUCAAAAGAAAAGGCUUGUGGAUGGUGAUUGUUCGAUUGCUCGCCUCCCAGAAAAUGCAGAACGGAACAGGUUCCAAGAUGUACUUCCUUAUGAUGACACCAGAGUAGAGUUGGUCCCUACAAAAGAAAAUAAUACGGGUUAUAUCAAUGCAUCCCACAUUAAGGUUUGUGUUGGGGGAAUGGAGUGGGAUUAUAUUGCAACCCAAGGUCCUUUACAGAAUACAUGCCAAGACUUCUGGCAGAUGGUCUGGGAGCAAGGGAUUGCCAUUAUAACCAUGGUCACUGCAGAAGAGGAGGGAGGCCGAGAGAAAAGUUUCCGAUACUGGCCACGACUUGGCUCCAGGCACAAUACAGUAACAUAUGGCAGAUUCAAGAUUACCACCCGCUUCCGGACAGACUCAGGUUGCUAUGCAACAACAGGUUUGAAGAUCAAGCACCUCCUAACAGGGCAAGAGAGGACAGUUUGGCAUCUCCAGUAUACUGAUUGGCCCGAACAUGGCUGCCCAGAGGACAUAAAAGGGUUUCUGUCCUAUUUGGAGGAGAUACAAUCAGUCAGGCGCCACACAACUAGCACUGCAGAUCCUGCCACUCCCAACCCUCCACUUCUGGUCCAUUGCAGUGCUGGUGUUGGAAGAACAGGAGUGGUCAUCUUGUCAGAGAUCAUGAUUGCCUGCCUGGAACACAAUGAGGCUCUGGAUAUCCCAAGAAUGCUGGAUAUGUUGAGGCAGCAGAGGAUGAUGAUGGUGCAGACUCUAUGCCAAUAUACCUUUGUCUAUGGAGUUCUCAUUCAAUUCCUUAAGAGUUCAAGGCUCAUAUAAACCUUUCCCCCUCCACUUCUAAGCGCCACUUCUUUGGAAGAGUUUACAAAAGCAGAUCUUUGCCUUCCAUUGGGGCAGACCUUCUGGCUCAGUUUGAAGAUGCUUCAUGCAAGUCCAGUGUUGUCAGCGUCGGUCUUUGCAGAGCAAGACUUCAAGUAGGCGGGCUUCUUUCUUUAUUUGUGUGCAGUUGUAGCUGGAACAAGAAAAAAAUGACUGUGUGUGUUCUCUUUCCUUCCUUAUUCCCUUCUUCUUUCCUCCUUCCUUCCUUCCUUCCUUCCUUCCUUCCUUCCUUCCUUCCUUCCUUGUACUGAGCUGCUGUGUUUUUCAUGUACCUAAUGAUUGUGUUACUGUAGGCAAAACAAAUGCCGAUCCUGCCAAGACAGCACUGCACCAUAUUGGAAAUCAUUGCUCACAUACUUUUAAUUCUAUUUUUAAAAUAAACAAACAAAUGAAAACAACCCACUUUCAGAGUAAAGACAGGAAAACUCUGAAGCUAUAUCUGUCAAGAUGUAAUAUGUGGGAGAAUAUGUGUGCCCUGCAGAUAGAAAGGUCACAAACUACAUUACUGUGCUUUGAAUUUUGUAUUUAAAUCAAUGCUAAUAUAUACAUAUAUAUUUAUAUUUAAAAUACUUGUGAAUUGUACCAGUUUCAUAUUGGAACCAGCAUCUGCAAAACCCCCUUAAAUGUAGCACUUAAAGCAGUUCAAUUAGAAGGUUGGGAAGUUGUACUUGUCUAAAGGUUAAAAACAGCACAAUAUUUCAGAAGUGUUUGUAUGUGUGUGUGUUUGUGUGUGCCUGUGUGUGUGCGUGCAUAUGUGGGAGGAAUGGAAAGGUUUGAGUUUUUUGGUUUUAAGUUUUGUACAGAGAAGAGGAAGGAAGUGGAAGGUGGGAAUGGCUUGUAUAGUUUGGGGUGUUAUAAAACAAUAACAAAUGUCCUUGCGGGAAGCCUACAGGUGUAAAGGAAGAUGGUAGAAGCCAGGAGAAAUGGUUACAAAUGGCAUUCUUUUAUCCACAGAGUUACAAAAUUGGAGGAGGAUGUUUUUGCUGACAGUUCUAGGCCACACAGAAAACUGGAAUUGCUGAAUGCUGUGUAGCUACCCAAACGCAACAGCUGAAGUUGUACCCUCAGUAUUAUUCAUAUAUUUAGAAGGCAGUUUGCUAAUACUUGGUUGCAAAUAAAAUGGAUGCAGGUGAUACUUAAGCACUUUGUUGGCGGUUAUUUAUCUAGGGAAGCUUUUAGGUUUGUACCGAUAUGUUUAAUUGAAUAGCGCACCAGAAUUCUUUUUCCUAAUUUUAUUUUUGGAAAAGCUUUUUAAGUUGGAAUGACUGAAAGGUGAACUGGUUUUAAAGUAGGACAUUGCACACUGGUGACUAAGGAAGCUGAAUGUGAGAUGGGAGAGUGCAAGUGUGAUUGUUGGUUUUGGCAGAGAGGUUGCAGUAUUAUGAUUUUUUGAUGUUUGUUUAUAUUCCUUCGUCAAGAAAGUUAGUCAAGUUAGUCUUAUAUUGCCUUACAUUGAUAAGAACGUAAGAAGAGCCCUGCUGGAUCAGGCCAAGAGUCCAUCUAGUCCAGCAUCCUGUUCACACAGCAGCUAACCAGAUGACCACAGGAAACCCACAAGCCAGAUGCGAGUGCAGCAGCAGCCUCCCAACCCAAGUGACCCAGCCACUGGCGUAUGUUCUGCCUCUGAUAGUAGAGGUAGCAAGUAGCCACCGGGACAGGUAGCCAUUGAUAGCCGCAGCUUCCAUGAAUUUGUCCAAUCCCCUUUAAGGCCUUCCAGAUUGGUGGCCAUCACAAUGUCUUGUGGAAGUUAAUUCCAUAGGCAAACUAUGUGCUGUGCGAAGGAGGACUUCCCUUUGCAUGCGUUGGCUCCCCUGCCAGUAGUAUUAUGCGAGAGGGGGGAAAAAAUCGCUUUGUCCAAUUUUCUUUGAACCUGCUCAUUUCACUUGCUGGCCAACAUAGAAACAUAGAAAUACAGCGAGUCAGAAGGAGUCUCCUGGGCCAUCUAGUCUGACCCCCGGCUCCAGUC